UCUUCCUCAGUGGAGUACGGGACUCUGCAUUGAGGAAGCCGGAAACCGUCGACGUGCUCGAGGAUUUCAGUUCUCUACCUCCCGUCUUCUACAGAAAUGGUGUAAGUAGCUCGUGGCGCUUCAGUCUUCAGAAGAUUAAGUUCACUUGCAGCAAUGGCUAUCGGCGGUUUGAUUUCGCAUCGAAAUUUCGGUUCGUUUGUCGGCUCAGGGAAAGUGUGUCAAGCUGAGCUUGCCAUCUCACAUCACAGGGGAGAGCAAUCAGCCCUUGCUUUUGCAAGAUAUGUUCGGGGGACUGUGUUCUAUCAAAAGUUUCAUAGUCGAAUGGCAAAUAGUUUUAUUGCUCCAAACUCAUCGAGCUCAUUUACUUGUGCUACCAUUAAAGCAACUUCUUAUCACUGGAGGGACCAUCCAGUUUCAGUCUUCCUGCACUCAGGUCAAAGGCCUCACGCUCGUUCUCAGCGUGGAAGUAAAGGAAGAUGUGGUUGCUAUCUUGCUUCAGACCCUUCACUAGGUAGUUGGUUUCAACUGAGAGAUAAGGUUAAGAUUGGUACAGGAAAUGGGCAAUGCAAGAAAUAUGAAUAUGUUAAGGUAAACAGAACUCGUGCUUACUAUAAAUCUGAAGAGGAUGAUGUAACAGAAGCAGAGGUGGCUUCACUUGCAUCAUCAGAUGGGCCAAAUGAGGCAGUUCUGUUUGAGGGAAAUGUGGAGGAAACAACCCCGUGGUGGGAGAGUUUUCCAAAGCGUUGGGUUGUAGUAUUGCUUUGUUUUUCAGCCUUUCUGUUGUGCAACAUGGAUCGUGUCAAUAUGAGCAUUGCAAUCCUUCCAAUGUCACAACAAUUUAACUGGAACAGUGCAACAGUUGGUUUAAUUCAGUCCUCCUUUUUCUGGGGAUAUUUGCUUACUCAGAUCCUUGGAGGCAUAUGGGCAGAUAAAUUUGGUGGAAAGCUGGUACUGGGUUUUGGAGUUGUCUGGUGGUCAAUAGCUACAGUUCUGACACCUAUUGCUGCAAGAAUUGGGCUUCCAUGCUUGCUUAUCAUGCGUGCUUUUAUGGGAAUUGGCGAGGGUGUGGCUAUGCCUGCUAUGAACAACAUGCUCUCUAAGUGGAUUCCAGUGUCAGAGAGAAGCAGAUCACUGGCACUAGUCUACAGUGGCAUGUAUCUUGGUUCUGUUACUGGGCUUGCUGUCUCUCCUAUUCUAAUCCACAACUUUGGGUGGCCAUCUGUAUUCUAUUCAUUUGGAUCCCUUGGGAGCAUCUGGUUUGCAUUAUGGCUAAGAAAGGCACAUAGCUCACCAAAGGAAGAUCCAGAACUUACUGCACAAGAAAAAAGAGUCAUCUUGGGUGGCGGCAUAUCAAAGGAACCCGUAUCAGUCAUUCCAUGGAGAUUAAUAUUAUCCAAAGCACCAGUUUGGGCUCUCAUAAUCUCUCACUUCUGCCAUAAUUGGGGGACUUUCAUUCUUUUGACAUGGAUGCCUACAUACUACAAUCAGGUUUUGAAGUUUAACCUCACUGAGUCUGGGCUCUUCUGUGUCUUGCCAUGGUUAACCAUGGCCGCUUUUGCAAAUCUAGGAGGUUGGAUUGCAGACUCACUUGUAAGCAGAGGCCUUUCCAUUACGGCAGUUCGUAAGAUCAUGCAGUCAAUAGGUUUUCUGGGUCCAGCCUUCUUUCUCACUCAGUUAAGCCAUGUCAGGACUCCUGCUAUGGCAGUGUUAUGUAUGGCUUGCAGUCAGGGCUCUGAUGCAUUCUCACAAUCAGGUCUCUAUUCUAAUCACCAAGACAUUGGCCCACGCUACGCUGGAGUACUGUUAGGGCUAUCAAAUACAGCAGGAGUGCUUGCAGGUGUUUUUGGUACGGCCGCAACUGGCUACAUACUUCAACGAGGUUCUUGGGACGACGUUUUCAAGGUAGCUGUUGCAUUAUACAUCAUAGGCACAUUGGUCUGGAACUUCUUCUCAACAGGAGAGAAAGUUCUCGACUAGAAAUAUGCCAAUACCUAACCAAAUAGCUUGACCUAUUUGAAGAAAUGGAAGGAGUUCACAUCCAGGAGAGUCAGAGAAGCCCUAUGGAACAUGGCUAACUGCUGAGGUUAAAGUUUUUGUUACCAAAUUCCGAGGUCCUCAAUGUACUCCCAACAACAUUUGAGCUGGCUAUAAAAAUGCAUUUACAUGGCACAAUCUACCUUCAUUCUAUUUCGUCCCUUCACAGUUUUAUAAUGUAUAGAUUUAUAAGCAAUUUGCAUCCAAGAAAAAUCUUCUUAGCUCCUAGUCUUGUCACUUUAGCCACCAGUCAAAUAUAUUUUUAAAAUCACA